AUGCUUCAGUGGCACUCCACACCAGACAGUGGCCUGGUUCCUUUGCAGAAGAGCAGGAAGGAAGGGCUCUGCUCCAUUUGCUGGGAGAAGGGGCCUGUGGUCACCAACUGUGGACACGUCUUCUGCGGAGAGUGCUUGGCCUCCCACCUCAAGAGCUCGGCCACCUGCCCUGUCUGCCGGACCCCCUGUUCUGAGAAGGUGCUGGGAGAAGGCUACAUCUGCCAGACUCACCAGGAGCGGGUGAGAUUUUUCUGUGAAGGGAGCAGCCUCCUUCUGUGCGAGAAGUGCAGGGAGUCCCCGGAGCACCAACCUCAUCAAGAGCUGACCAUUGAACAUGCCGUCAGUCACUACAAGGAACGACUCGGCCGCCGGAUCAGGAAGCUGAGAAAGGAACUUGAGCGGCGCAAAGCCCUGGAGGAGAGUCCCCAAACCCAGCAGUUUGGGGUAGGCUAUGGGAAUCAUAGGCUAGAGGCUGAGCUGGAGAGCCAGCACCAAGGGAGGAAGCAGCUGAAUGUUCUUCAACAGCAACUGGACCAACUUGAGGACAUGCAAGAGAAAGCCAGACUCUUUCAUGAAUCCUGUGAAGCACAGCUCAGCUGCCUGAUCACUGAUCUGGAGAGGGUGUUCAAGCAACUGGAGGCCAACAUGCUAAAGGAUGCCAGUGACUUACUAGACAGACCCAAAAUGAGAACUUAG